AUCUACCUACCUCUCUCUACCUGCAGCUGAUCGAUCGCCCGUCUCCACAGGCCUCAAGGAUUUUCACCAGCGCUGCUAGCGAUGACGAGGUCGGCACCAGCGGCGGCGGCCUCCGUCCCGGCGCCGACGAAGAAGCAUCAGCACGCGCCGCUGCGGGGCAGCCAGCUGAAGCAGCUCCGCGAGAUCUUCCGGCGGUUCGACAUGGACGGCGACGGCAGCCUGACGCAGCUGGAGCUGGCGGCGCUGCUGCGGUCGCUGGGCCUGCGCCCCACGGGGGAGGAGGUGCGCGCGCUGCUGGUGGGGAUGGACGCGGACGGCAACGGCGCCGUGGAGUUCGACGAGCUGGCGGCCGCCAUCGCGCCCCUGCUCACCACGCAGACGCACCUCGUCGACCAGGCCCAGCUCCUGGAGGUGUUCCGCGCCUUCGACCGCGACGGCAACGGCUUCAUCUCCGCCGCCGAGCUGGCGCGCUCCAUGGCGCGCCUCGGCCAGCCGCUCACCUUCGAGGAGCUGACGCGGAUGAUGCGCGACGCCGACGCAGACGGCGACGGGGUCAUCAGUUUCAAGGAGUUCGCCGCCGUCAUGGCCAAGUCCGCGCUUGACUUCCUCGGCAUCGCCUGAUCUUUCUGACCUUUCCAACCGCGCACGCCGUCGCCCGCCCGCCCGCCGCCGCCGCCAUUCAUUAGUAGCGCUCACCCUCCCUCCAUUCUUACUUAGGAUGCUCAGCUCGAUCUAGCUAGGAUGACAAAGAUGAUGUAACUCGUGGAUGAUGGCUGCUAAUUAACAUGAACGCUCAAAAUAUGUACAUAUUUUUGAUCAAUUUUGUUCACUGCUGCUUCGAUCUCUCUCGUCAAUAUUGUGGUUCAAUUGUCAAUA